AUGAGGCUCCAAGCGCAACUCUUGCAGACGACGUGGGAGCAAACCAGGCUUUCAAUCGCUAGCGAUAUCAGCAAGCUCAAGCAGUGGUCUGGGCGUUGGGAACUCUACGUGUCCCAACAGGGAGCGAUGGACUACAAGUACAUUGCUGACAGGUUUGAGCGUGGCAAGGUCAUGAUUGGGGAGUUCAUGACGGAACGACACACACUGAUAUCAUGCCAGAACCUCAUGUUAGCUCACGCCUCCAUCGUUGAGAAGCAAGCUUCCAUGGGGCCUGAUGCGUGUCUCUGCAGCAUUUGCAACAUGAAAAGAUUGAAACCGGGUGUGUGA